AAAAGGGAAAUGGCAGAAAACGAGUGGCUAAAUGGGUACUUGGAGGCGAUUCUGAACGUGGGGAGGAACAAAAGUGGCAGAGAGGGGAGGAACCGGAUGAUGGAAAGCCUCAAGCAGACAACAUUCAGCAAGUUUGAUGAAGACAUGUUUUUCACGUCUGAAAAGCUUCUCCAAGUUCAUGAGAAUGGGAAAGAACUAGGGAAGACAUUUAGCCCGACCCAGUACUUUGUUGAAGAGGUUGUUAAUAGAUGCGAUGAAACCGACCUCUAUAGGACAUGGAUUAAGGUUGUAGCAACAAGGAAUUCUCGUGAGCGAAAUAACAGGCUAGAGAAUAUGUGCUGGCGGAUUUGGCAUCUCGCCCGCAAGAAGAAGCAGAGAGAUUGGGAGGAUGCACAAAGGUUGUUAGUGAAAAGGACGUGUGAGCUGGAUAAAAAGGUUCAUAUAGAUUUGUCAGAAGAUCUUUCUGAUCUCUCAGAAAGCGAGAAGGGGAAAGGGGAAGUCAUCAGUAAAACAGAUUCUCUCUCUCAUAUGCCAAGAAUUAACUCAGAUGCACAUAUAUGGUGUGAUGAAGAUAAACCGAGACAGCUGUACAUUGUUCUGAUCAG